CUUAGUCUCGUAAACAUGCAGGAGAUUACAAACAAAAGCGUAGAACGUCUCUUACACAAGAGUCUCAUGUGGGAGCCGCACGAACAUAGUCGUUUAACAGCGACGUCACGUGACCUUACUUCGUCAUCUAACUAUCGACACGGCUCGACCGGUGAAAGAUCGAACAUCGAGAUCUUUUUCAUGUCAUGUAUGGAAGCACGGCAAGGCGCAUUUAAAAAAGGGUUAAUAUCGUCGCGCAAGCGCAUGCACGAUAAUGCGGUCACGUCUCCGCGCCGUACUGUUGCGAUUACAAUGGUGAAAACGGCGUUCUGGCUGCUUGCGGUAUGCUUGGUCACUACGGUGUUCGCCAUAAACGAGGAGCUGUUGGAACAAGAAUGUCCCGUGGAUUGUCACUGUCAUUAUUUCCGUGUCAACUGGGUGACGGAUUGUUCGGACAGCAAUCUGACGACCAUCCCGUACACCGAGCUCAGCCACGACGUCUACAUCUUGGACAUGAACGAUAACAACAUCGCAAAUGUCGGCCCGUUUCCGAGCUCGAUCAAACUGAGGCGCUUUCAAAUGGCACACAACCAACUCACCGAACUGACAUACGAAUCUUUCGCCGGAUUAACGUAUCUCUUGGACGCUGAUUUCUCGUACAAUGCCAUCACACGAGUAGAUCCCGAAGCAUUCCGGGACAGCCCGGGCCUGAUUACCUUGGAACUUCAACACAAUCCUUUGGACGAGGUCGAGGGACACUUUCUGAAUUGUCGCACAUUGCUGUACCUCGAUUUGGAUUCGUGUGGUAUUCGCCACCUCAACACGCGCUUCUUCCACAACACGACAAAUCUGAAUAAGCUCGAUCUGUCGCACAAUCCUCUGCAGAGGAUAGAGCCGGGUCCCUUUGAUCAUCUAACAAAUUUGGAGUAUCUCAAGCUGAACGGAUGCAACCUGACCUACAUAUCGCCCGAGGCAUUCUCCCAUCUCGAGAAUCUGCGGCAGCUCGAAAUAGCCGAAAAUGAAUUGAAAACAUUGAAUUGGCAGAGCGUUCUCGCACCAUUGGUGCGCUUGGAGCAUUUAGACAUCCGCAAUACCGGUAUCACGAAUUUACCGGGUGACGCCUUCGGCAGGAACCUGUAUCUCCGACAACUAGUGCUUGCCGACAACGAACUGUGGCAUUUGGACGUCGAGGAUACGCUCGGCCACAACCUGCACAGUCUUCAAUCCCUGGACUUGUCGAAUUGCAAUUUGCAGGAUCGGCUGUCCGAGGAAGCUUUCACGAACGCGAGCAAACUACGUGUGCUCAAUCUGAGCGGUAACCCGAUGUUCGCCAGCGACCUGACCGCCGUUCUUCGGCAUUUACCGAAACUUCACAAGCUCUCUCUGAGCAACUGCAGCCUUCGUAGGUUGCCAAAUGCCUUCGACGUGUUCGAGCACCUUGAGGAGCUCGAUAUCUCCCAUAAUCCACUGUCUGAUGCGUUCGUCAGUCUUCUUAAUCCAUUGAGAUCUCUGGAAUACUUGGACAUGUCUUAUUGCGGCCUCGGUUACGUCGGAAAUAAGACCUUCGCACAGAUGACUUCCUUGAAGCAGUUGAUACUCUCAGGAAACGAACUUCACACAUUGGAAGAGGGACUGUUUGCGAAUCUGACGCGUCUGGAGAGCCUGGAGCUCAAUAAUUGCGACCUCAAGAUACCCGUUGAUCCGAAGGUAUUUGGUGAUCGCCAAUCGACGGACAUAAUGGAACUUAGAGUCAGUGGCAAUCCGCUGGUCGUGCCCAACGAAGGCUCGCUGCUACCGCCGCAUCUCUCGAAUUUGGAGAUUCUCGAUUUGAGCAACUGCGGCAUCUCGCAUCUGAAUGAGGACAUAUUCGCCACGACAAAUAAUCUUACUCAAUUGAAUCUCUCAGGAAACAUCAUCUCGGGUGUGGAGAAUCUGAGCUCUCUAAAGAAACUGCGCGCGCUGGAACACGUCGAUCUCAGCAACAACAACUUGCGCACGAUCCAUCCGAGGGUAUUCAAAUCAAACCCGCAUUUGCUCUCGAUCAAUCUUAUGGGGAAUCCGUUUGUCUGCAAUUGCUCGCUCGCCGAGACCUGGGACUGGGCGGUGCAAGAGAAGGGCGAUCUCCACGUGCUCGUUGGCAGUCAACCGGCCAAUUUCGAAACCGGCUCUGUGAAGCGAAGGAAAAAUCUCUCCUGCGCCUACGACGAGCAGACUUAUCGGAAUAUGAUAGAUGAGAACCAGGCAGCUACGAAACGCAAGCAUUAUCCCAGUCAGUUUACACCUUCUCGCACUUGGGCCAAGUACGUUCGCGAAUCCAAUUGCAAUCGUUUAUGAUACGCGGCGGCCAAACAUCAACACCCUGUAUAUAUGCACAUUGUAUGUGUAUUGCCUCCUAUUGUAUAUAGUGUUAUAAUAAUCCGUAUUUAUCAAUGAAACAAUAUUUUUGUCCAUGGCAGUAAAAUAGUCAAGUGUUAGGCAAGUGUUGGAAAGAUCAGUUGCCAAUGAUUUACAUUGAAUGGAGAAAAUUACAAAAAAAACUCAGAAUACAGUUAAAUUCGUUAAAAAUAAGAUUUUUGUACCUAUAUAAAAUUUACGAUCCACAUUCACUAACCGGCUAAUAGCAAAUAAAUUACAUUAAUUAUUU